UGCCUCAAAAUACAAUUACAGCUUUGCAUUAACUUUCCUCAAAAUACAAUUACAGCUUUGCAUUAACUUUCUUGCUCGUCUACUUCCACCUUCCCUUUCAGUGUAUAUGACAAAGACUGAACUCAAAAGUGUUGCAAUAUAAUCUCUCGGAUUCAUCUCAUUUGAGGCCACAACCACCAGAUCACAGAAAUGGGCUUCUACUUCAAUUCUCACACGCUGGCCUCUUUCUUCCUGCUCUUAGCAUUCCCAGCCUUCACUUAUGGAUGGGGAAUUGUCGGCCACCAGAUUAUUUGCCAGAUUACCCAGGAUCGUUUAAGUGAGUCAGCAGCUGCAGCGGUUAAAGAACUACUCCCUGCCUACGCAGAGAACGACCUAAGCACCCUUUGCUCUUGGGCAGAUACAAUCAAGUUUCGAUACCAUUGGUCGUCGGAACUUCACUACAUUGAUACCCCUGAUGAUCUUUGCACUUAUAAUUACAACAGGAUUGCAAAGAUGAAGAUGGUGUGAAAGGGAGGUGUGUCUCAGGUGCCAUCACUAAUUAUACUAAUCAGCUUCUCACCUAUGGAAGCUCUGCCGAUGAAUCACAAUGUAAUUAAUAUAUCAAAGAUAGUUUCUAUGUCCUAUGUUAUAUUGAUAUCAUUUCUACUUAAUUCAUUUCCUCUGUU